UUUUAUUUAUCUUUUAACAGCUGCCCCUUCCUUGCCAGUCACCUGACCCUGGCCAUCCCCAUCAUCGCCGCCAUCCUCUUCUUCUUUGUCAUCAGCUGCCUGCUCCAGACAAGCUUCAGAGACCCGGGAAUCCUGCCCAGAGCCACCCCCAGUGAGGCUGCAGAUCUGGAGAAGCGAAUUGACAGCAUGGGCAGCUCCACGUACCGUCCCCCGGCCCGCACCAUGGAGGUGGUGAUCAACAAGUACGUGGUGAAGCUCAAGUACUGCUACACCUGCAAGAUGUUCCGGCCACCUCGCACCUCCCACUGCAGCGUCUGCGACAACUGCGUGGAGAGAUUCGACCACCACUGCCCCUGGGUGGGCAACUGCGUGGGCAAGCGCAACUACCGCUACUUCUACGCCUUCAUCCUGUCCCUGUCCUUCCUCACCGCCUUCAUCUUCGCCUGCGUUGUCACCCACCUCACCCUGCGCUCUCAGAGGGAUGGGUUCCUGGCCACUCUGAAGACAACCCCUGCGAGUGUGCUGGAGCUGGUGAUUUGUUUUUUCUCAGUCUGGUCUAUUUUGGGCCUCUCAGGUUUUCACACUUACUUAGUCGCCUCCAACCUGACGACCAACGAAGAUAUCAAAGGGUCCUGGUCAAGCAAGAGGGGCUCGGAGUUUGCCAAUCCCUACAGCCAUAAAAGCAUCCUCACAAACUGCUGUGCAGUGCUGUGUGGACCAUUCCAUCCCAGUUUGAUAGACAGAAGAGGAUUCAUCCAGCCAGAUACCGGGACCCCAUCCAGUCCCAAGAGUGAAAUCCCUUCCUUUGGAGCCAAAACUGACACCAGCAUGGAGGAUGCCUGCCAGGACUUUGCCAUUUCCUGCACAGCCUGACGGGACUUGCUCCUCCUCGGACGUUUGCCCUGAUUUCUGAGGGCUGCCUGGUAAGAAAGUGCUUCCAUCUCCCUCUCACCCACUCAAAGCCACCCAUCUGUGUCCCCUGCAUGACAGCUCUGGCCUCAGAGCCAUCAGCCUGUGCUGACACCCAGCAGCCCCAUCCAUCCCCGCAGGACCCACGGGGGCAGCGCUGCGGGGCUGGGAGCGUCAGGGGUCACCUGAAGGCUGUGCCAGAAGAGGAUGGCUUUGGCUGCCCUGGCUUUGGGCUGGGGACACAUGUGGAACAUUGUGGGCAUGGCAGAGGGGUCUGCAGCCUGGGGCUUGUGUGAGGACACCCCAGCCAAGGAGAGAUGGGGUGUUUGGGGGGAGCAGUGGCCCCUGGGGCAGGUCUGUGCUCCCAUCCCUGACCCGUUCUGUGGCUUAGGGGAUCCUUCUGCCCGUUUUCCUCUCUUCAACACUCGGUUCCUCCUGCUGUGACCAAGGCAAGUUCCUUCAGGGCAUGUUGUGAUCACCUGUGUCACCUGUGGGCUGUGAAUUGUCCCUCUGCCCCCGUCCCUGCAGCACCCCAAGAGCUCCCUGUGCCUCGGAGCCCCUUGGUGCCCCGAGCCAGCCCAGUCCCACUGAGGCAGCGAACCCGGCUGCUCUGCCCUGCUCCUGUUCCUGGCUCUAACUCUCUCUUUCUCUUCCUCCCCUCUCCUCUCCCUCACCGCGGGCUCCAGCAGCCCGUGCCUCCCGUGCAUCCCACGGGGGCCGAGCCCACAGCCAUCAGCACCUCGAGUGCCUCCCUCCCCGGGGAGGAAAAGCCUCCGCAGCCCCGCUCCGGGAGCCGAAGCCAUGGAGCCACCCCAAGGAGGAGCGACACCCGCAAUGACCGCGGCCACCGCUGCCGGACNCCGAGGCCGCCGGGGCUCCCCGAGGCCGCCGGGGCUCCCCGAGGCCGCCGGGGCUCCCCGAGGCCGCCGGGGCUCCCCGGGGCCGGCAGCCGGACGCUCCGUGUCGGUGUCUCCCCGCCGCACACGCUGCAAUGCCGUGCUUGGCGUCCCAACGGGAUUUUGGAAGGAGCAGGACCACGCCAGGGCAUUUACAGCCAAGCCAGGGGCACCAGCCCCCAGAGCCGUGUCCGUGUGCCACAGGACUUUCCCGAUGGGAAUUUGUACCCGGUCAGUUCAUCCCUGCAGCCCCCCCGGGCCGGCUCAUCCCAGCACGGCUCUGGUUUUAGGGGAAGGCGUUCCGGCACCUUGAGCCUCCCCUGGAGCUGAGCGGAGCAGCCAGGCCUGCCCCAGCCCUGUAGGAUUCACCAUCUGUUUAUGCCUUUUACUUUUGUAACAGAAUGAAAGUUUCUCCUAUUUCCUGUA